UAUCCCGUCCAGCAUUUACGACAAUUACCUGCAAGACAUUCCAUUACAUCCUACGUCGUAUAAAUUCGAAUCGUACACAAAUUCACGUGUGCAAAUUCGGGGAUAUAUAAUGACGAAAAUCAGUUUACUCUCAGUCGCAUCUGAUGUAGCUGUGUAUGUUGCCUCCGAAGAGAGUCCAGCCUUGCUGGGGAGAAAUGCUAUGGUUGCCCUCAACAUAACACCAUCUAUCGAGCGAAUGCGCAUCAUGACAAUCAAAACAUCAGUACUUAAAAGCUUAUAUCCCAAAUUAUUUACUGAGUCGAUUGGCCGGAUUCCAUCUGCUGCUCAUCGAAUAUGCCUUAAAAAGGACGCUAAACCGUUUUCGAUUUCGCAGCCACGUCCUAUUCCAUUGGCCAAACGUGCGAUGGUAGAAAAGGCCAUACAAGAGAUGAUUUCCAACGAUUUGAUAGAGCCAGUUAACUGUUCCGAAUGGGUGCAUCCCAUGGUCACGGUGUUAAAGAAGGACGGUACUGUGCGCAUAUGCAACGACUUGAAAGCGUUGAACAGUCAGAUCGUCGUCGAAAAAUUCGUUCUUCCCACAGUUGACGAGUUGUUGGUCAAGAUAACUGGCGCGCGAUUUUUCUCAAAACUAGACCUGAGGAAGGCCUUUUUCCACAUGCCAUUGACACCAGAAUCCAGACCACUUACGGCUUUUCUGACAUCGAGUGGUCUAUUCCAGUACAAAGUCUUGCCGAUGGGACUUAGCUCCGCUCCAGCAGCUUGGCAGAAGUUUAUGAAUCACUCACUAGCAGAUCUACCAGGACAAAUCGCUUACAUGGAUGAUGUAUGCGUUUUCGGGAAAUCAAGAGAUGAGCACGACUCAAGGCUGCGCGCUGUGUUGCAGCGAUUGGAGAGCCUAGAUCUUCGGCUAAACCUGGAAAAGUGUAUAUUUUGUGCUACGGAUGUCGAGUUUCUUGGGUACGUCUUAUCAGCUGGUGGAAUUAGACCAUGCGCAGCUAAUACUCGAGCUAUCACGGAAGCCCCUGUACCGAAGAAUACAUCCGAGGUUAAGCACUUUCUUGGUUUGUGCUCGUACAACUUGCGCUAUUUGCCCGAUUUUGCAACUAUAGCGGAGCCAUUGAGAAUGCUGACAAAAGAAAAAGCUACGUUCGAUUGGGGCUCUUCGCAGCAGUCGGCCUUUGAAGAAAUUAAAAGACGCCUCGUCUCCACCCCAAUGCUGGCCAUUUUCGACGAAAACUGCCCAACAUUCGUCUCAACGGAUGCGUCAAACAUCGGUUUAGGAGCGGUCUUGUCUCAAAUUCAGAACGGUGAGGAAAAAGUGAUUGCAUAUGCUUCUAGAAAGUUAUCCCCUACUGAAGUUUCAUAUUCCGCAGGUGAAAGGGAGGCCCUGGCCUGUGUAUGGGCCUGUGAAAAAUGGCACCUGUUUCUGUUUGGUCGGAGAUUUACAUUGCGCACGGAUCAUGCUGCUCUAACUACCCUCCUCAGUCGAGGAACCAAUGGUCACAGGCCACUACGGAUUAACCGCUGGUAUGCGCGGUUACUGAACUAUGAUUUUCAAAUCAUCUUCCGCCCUAGCUCCGAGAACCGUAUGGCAGAUAGCUUAUCACGUCUCCCAUUGGAUGAUUCCGACAAGAAUGAAGACGACGAAGAAAAAGUCAUGAUUUCUGCUUUACAAUCAAAUGAGCUCUCCGCGGUUACUAAACACGAGCUUCAAGAAGCUAACCGGAGUGAUUCAUAUGUGCAAGAUGUCAUUCACUAUCUCUCUCAAGGCUGGCCUCGCUACGCGAAGUUGAGUGGUGAACUACGGGCGUUUUAUGUUUUACGACAUGAGCUAGCGGUCGUUGAUGAUUGCCUUAUGCGAGGAUCGCGAUUCGUAGCUCCACAGAAACUGACAUCAAAAAUUAUCCAAUGUGCACACGAAGGACAUCCGGGUAUCGUACGGACGAAGCGCCGACUUCAAGAAUACUUUUGGUGGCCAAAAAUGAAUAAAAUGGCAGAGGCGUGUGUCCGGUCUUGCGAUGCAUGUCAGAAGGCCGACAAGAGCUCCAAACCAAUCGAUGCCCCCAUCCAACCUGUUACUUAUCCAAUGAAACCUUGGUCGAAGGUGGCGAUUGACAUCAUGGGACCGUUUCAUUCUGCACCACAGCACCAGAGGAACUGCUUAGUUGCCACGUGUUAUUACAGUAAGUGGCCGGAAAUCCAUUUGUGUGGCGAUGUGACCACCUCAACCGUUAUACGGUGGCUGAAACAUCUGUUUGCUAGAUUUGGGUUUCCUGAGGAAAUUGUGACAGACAACGGACCACAAUUCACGAACUAUGAGUUUAAACGUUUCUUACAGCUUCGUGAUGUGAAGCACGUACAUACUGUCCCGUACAACCCAGCUGCCAACGGCAUGGUUGAGCGCACUAAUCGCACGCUAAAGGAAACUAUACAGACAGCACGUUUGUCCGGCAGGCAGUGGGAAGAUGCCGUUUUGGAGGCUCUGUUUACUCACCGAACAUCGCACCACAGAGCGACUGAUCGCACGCCAGGUGAGCUGAUGUUUGGCAGGAAGUUGCGUACGAAAUUAAACGCAGCUAUUUCGGCUGCAGAAAACAACGACCCCCACCAACUGGAACGUCGCCGGGGUUAUCAGUCAUCCUACGAAAAACGGGCCACAUCGCUGCGUCCUGGAACGUUGGUCAGGCUAAAGGAGAGGCAAACACGUAAAGGAGAACCGGCACUGACGAGACCCAUCAGAAUUACUCGUGCGCUAGGGCCAGGAACUUAUGAGUUAGCAGACGGCCGACGAGUCAACGCCAGACAGCUAUACUCAGCACUUCAACCGAAGCAAUGUCCUGAAACGAGGGCCACCGCAGUGAACCAACCGCUGAAGAGGGGGAGUAGUGUGGCAGCGCGUACGCGCGGGCCUUACCACGACCGCACUUCGUAGCUUGUGAUUGGAUGCCUGUCCGUUCGCGAUCAAUACCAGGGUUGUUUUGAAUAUACUGAGUGUAUGUACCGUUGGCGUGAAUAGAAGUUUGUGUUGCGUACCAGUAGAGUUCUGCUUCCUCGUUCGGGGCUUUGGUCGUGUUUGUUCAAGACCCUGCGUGCAGGGGACUAGUGUACGUGUAGAUACAACA